AUGGAGCAGGACCAGCCCGACACAACCCUCCGAAGUGCACACUCACACUUCCACAGACAUGACUUCCACCGCGCUGAACACCUCUACUCCCUCUUUAUAAGCCACUGUGUUCACCACAGGAAUUGUAGCGCAAGUGAUUUGGCCACAGCGUAUAACAACCGCGGGCAGAUCCGGUACCUGCGUGUGGACUUCACAGAGGCUGUGCAGGACUACAGCUGUGCCAUCCAGGCUCAUGGACACUUUGAAGUCCCCUACUACAACCGAGGACUCGUUCACUACAGGCUGGGUUUGUAUGAGGAAGCCAAGAAGGACUUUGAGCAGACUCUGAAGCUGAACCCAGAAUUUGAAGAAGCCAAAGUGAGUCUGCGGCAGACGUUGUUAGACCAGCAGCACAAAGAUCAAAGAGGUUACUGA